AAAACGAAUUUUCAAUCCCCAUUUUUAUCACUUUGCAGAGUGGGCCGGGGGCCUAUCGAUCAUUGCCUGAUUCCUAGUUUUGGAGGUCAUGUGGCUUAUCGAUUAUGGGAUGAUGGUUUAGGGGCUCGCCGAAUGGAUUCAUUCAAGUUGUCGACUAGAGCAUUGGCAGUCAAUUAUUUGAAAGAUUACAAAUUUCAGAGUGAGGGUGCUGCAUCAUUGGUUGAGAGGACAGUGUUGUGCAAGUUGUUGGACUGCUCGAUCCAGCACUUGGACGGACCUUUACUUGUGGCGUUUGUG